ACUGAAGAGAGCGAGAGGAAAGAAAGCAAACUGAGAACGAUGGAGUGUGCCGGGAAGGGACUAGGCACCCGGUGCGGUGGGCCACCAGCACGGCGCUGUGGCCGUUGUGAGGCCGUUUCUUUUUGCUCUGUAUCUGAUCAGAUUUUGCAUUGGCAUGAGCAUAAAGAAGAGUGUGAAAGGUUAGAAGAACAAAUGGAGCAGAUAGAUGUCCUAAACGAGUUUCCUUUCACUUUUUCUGAAGAAGCUACAGUUCAGGUUUGUGAAAAGCAGGAGACAAGGUGUUCAUUCUUGAGAAAAAGAGGCCUCCAUCAAACCGGAUUGUGGUUGUACGAGUGUUGUUGUGGAGAAUCGGUUAUGUCCUUCAAUUGUUCGAGGUUAAUUAAUGCUUGGGAUCUCUCAAACACCUUCUGCCCAUGUGAUGGAUUAAAAGUUGAUACUGGAAACAUAUAUGCAGAACCUGUAUCCAUGAUUUCAAAGCAGCUAACCAGUGGGAAGGAGUACUAUGACUGGAGAUCUAUCCCACUGCAUUCACCUGUUGCUUUACUUCUUCACUGGCCCCUUACAAUUUAUUAUGCCACUCAAGUAGCUGGUUCAGGAAGCUGGACUUCUGGAAUCAAUGGCACAUUGCACGUACACUAUCUUGGACCUGAGAAGGAGCUUCUUCAGCUUUCUGUCUUUUAAGAGCUGUAUGCUUUCCCUAAUAUGGAUGUGCGCAUAGAGCUUAUUGGACCAUCAAUUCCAGAAGAUAGAUAUAAUAGGGAUGGUGAAAUAAUCAAGCUAUGGAAUUAUGGCCAUGGCCUCGAAAUAUAUUGUGUUUGUAAAUCUUUAACUGAGAGUGGUGUUCAUACUAAUAAAACUUCAGCUGUUACUUUGCAACUUUGGAGGGGACUUUAUCAUGAACGUUACGGAGAUAUAGAUAAGGAUGUAUUACCUCAUAUAGUAAUUGCUCCAAAUGCCGGUAUUGCUGCGUAUUCAAGCUGGUUACCAACGAUUGUAUGUUCUUUAUAUCAAAUCUCUCUGUUUCUCUCUUAUUUUUUGUGUGGGUGAAAUUUCGAUAAAUAUGUUAGUCAAUUUUGUUAUAAUAUAUUGUUUUCCCUUCUUAGUUCCCUGGUUGCUUGA